AUGCACGCUAACGUCUGGCCAGGAAUUAUUGGACCCGGCUUGCUGGUAGGUUCGGGCAAUGCCCUCAGCAAGGGCGGUCCAGCGGGCGUGUUGAUCAGCUUUUCUUUGGUUGGUAUCAUAGUUUUCUUCGUCAUGCAAUCGUUGGGCGAAAUGGCUACCCUCAUUCCGGUUACUGGCUCCUUUACCGAAUAUGCGCAGCGUUUCAUCGAUGACUCUCUUGCUUUCGGGUUAGGAUGGGCUUACUGGUAUCUAUGGGUAACGGUUCUUGCCAAUGAAUAUAAUGCCAUCUCGCUUGUUAUAGGAUACUGGACGGAUGCUGUACCUCAGUGGGGUUGGAUACUCAUAUUCUGGUUCCUAUUUCUGGGUCUGUCAAAUCUAGGCGUUUUGGCAUAUGGCGAGAUGGAAUUUUGGCUAUCAUUAAUCAAGAUAUUGGCCCUCAUUGCGUUCUUUAUUCUGGCGGUUUGCAUCAGUACAGGGGGGAUAGGCCCUCAGCCAAUUGGAUUCAAGUACUGGCAUGAUCCAGGGCCUUUUGCGGACUCUAUCAAUGGAGUUGCUCGAACCUUUGUCGUUGCUGGAACGUUAUAUGCGGGAACAGAAAUGGUUGGCAUUACUGCAGGGGAAUCGGCAAAUCCACGCAAAGCUGUCCCGACAGCCAUUCGCCAGGUGUUCUGGCGGAUUCUGAUAUUCUAUAUUGGAACGAUGUUCUUUAUCGGAAUACUCCUCCCGUACAAUGACAAGCGACUACUGGGCUCCAGUUCCAAUGCAGCAAGCUCGCCCUUGACAAUCGCAUUGACGGAUGCUGGGAUUUUGCCUGCAGCUCAUCUGAUCAACGCGCUCAUUGUGAUCAGCGUCAUAUCUGCAGGAAAUGGUUCCCUCUACGUAGCAUCUCGCACUUUGCUCUUCAUGGCUCGUAAUGGCAAAGCACCUCGAUUCAUCGGACGCACCAAUGGAGCGGGGGUACCCUGGGUUGCUUUGAUAUUCUCCAAUCUUUUCACCUGUAUUGUGUUCCUGACUCAGUCCUCGGGGGCCGGAAAGAUCUAUUCGGCCUUGAUCACUUUGUCUGGUGUGGCGACAUUCAUCGUCUGGGCCGUAAUCGGAAUCUGCCAUAUUCGCUUCCGUCGAGCCUUGGUCGUGCAGGGAGAGGAUCCUGCAAAACUGCCUUUCAAGGCGUGGCUGUAUCCGUGGGGCACAUACUUCUCUGUCGCACUGAACAUCUUCCUGGUAUUCUUCCAAGGUUACACGGCUUUCUUAAAUCCCUUCAGCGCGGACGAUUUUGUGAUCAACUACAUACUGCUUCCUGUGUUUGCCCUGUUUGUUUUGGGUUAUAAGUUUUGGCACAAGACCAGGUGGGUGAAGCUAGAAGAGAUGGAUAUCUGGACAGGUAGAAGGGAGUCACCAGACGUAGACGUGACGGACGAACCGCCAGUCAAGAAACAAAAAUCAUGGUGGGCUCGGGUAUUGGCCGUUGUCAUUGGUUGA